GUGAGUGUGGGGUGUGCGUGCAUGUGAUCAGUAUUAAUUUUAUCGAACUUGUAUCGCGUGUAAACCUUGAAUUUGUUAUCCAUAAAUCUUAUCAGUCAGUCAGUGUAAGAUUAAAUAUUUUGUUUGCAAGUGAUGAAGGUUGAGUUUAAUCAAAAUGUCUUCAAAUGAGUUACUAGAAUCACUGAUUUGUCUCCGUGUAAAAGAUGAGCGAAUAUUUUUUGUUUCGAAAUUGGAAGCAGACAUUCAGUCAGUAUUCCGUGAAAUUAGUAAUAAUAAGAAAAUCAAAAAUAUAAUGGUUCAAAAAUAUUUGAAACAAGGAAAUAUUUUUUUAAAAGGGGACUUUUAUGUGCUUCUUCAAAGUCCUGAGGGUUGUCGCUAUUUAGAGUAUUCUGAGGAAUUGGUUGAAAAGCUUAAAGAUAUAUCUUAUAUUUUAGACGCUGAAAUUUAUUCACAUUUUUACUUGACAUUUCGUUUAAAUCGACCAUUUGUGUUUAAAAAAGUUUUUGACGAAGUCUUGAAAUAUGGUAAAACAUACGGUAUGUUUGAAAAACGCCAAUCAGUGUUAGUUUUGGUGCACAAUGAAAACUUGAACAAUUUCGAUAAGAUGCGGAAUUCAUUAUCUGCAGAACAUGUUAUAUCAUUUUUGAGCGCUAAUCAUUUUACAGUUUACUACCAUUUCAUUGACUCAGUUAAAUCAUGCAUAAGCUUAAACGGAAAUGAAAUUAUUUGUCCUGAAGAUUGUUCGUUUAAUGAUACGCAUCAGAGUUUAGAGAGCAAAGCAAGUCAUUCUGAGUGGAAAAUAUGUUGUGAUGUGCAUGAUUGUUUGUGCUUGGAUGGUAAAGCAUUCUUAGAGAAAUACGACCUAGUAAAAUAUGGCAAAAGUAUAAAUCACAUAAAAAUAUCGAAAAACAGUGUCUCUGAUCUUUUAACUAAAGCUGCAUACAUAAAGCACAUAAUGUCAAAGCAUAUGUCUAAUAAGCCUGACUACAUAUUACACAUUAUUUCACAUUCACAAAAGAUAAUUAUUUAUGAAUCGUGCAUAUUAUUGCAAAUGCUGGAUGAUGUCAGUUUAGACAAUGUUUUCAUUAUAAAUCAAAGUACUAGUCCUAAAAACAAAUCAGAAAUAUCCAUUACUGAAUUUAUAAAUGCACAAAAAGAAGAAAUACAGAAUGCAAUGGCACAUAAAUAUGACCCAGAUAUAUCCCAUGAUAAAUUGUGGUCAUCUCGUAUUGAUAUUUUGCUAGAUUCUGCUGUAAAAUUUAGUUUUUUGAAAAGAAGUUCAAGUAUGGUAUUAAAAUUACAAGUUCCUAAUCGUGACAGUAACUCGGUAAAAAAUCCUGGUAUAUUUGUCCAAUAUAACUUUGCUCGCCUUUCAAACUUAUUUAAAAAUUUUGAAUUAAAAGUGAAAGAAGGUUAUUAUAAUCCAUUACCAUCUUUGGAAAAUAUCAACUUUGAAUUUCUUAAGCUAGAAGAAGAGUGGUAUUUAUUUACAUAUGUUCUUUCAUUUCCUGGUGUCAUACAAGAUAUCAUUAAUUCUAUUGCGAAUGAGAAUCCAUUAAAAUAUUGUUUCCCUAUUAAAAAAAUUUGCAUUUUACUAUCUGAAUUGUCCCAUCAUUUGAGUGUUUAUUAUAGUAGAAUUCGUAUUUUAGGAGGACCUCAGCCACAGUUGCAGAAAGUAAUGCAUGCAAGAUUAUGGUUAUUAAAGAGUAUUUAUCAAGUGUUAAGUAACUGUUUACAGUUAUUGAAUAUUCAAGGUCUUGAACAAAUGUAGCACCAUUCAUUAUUGUAUAUGUAUAUGGAUCAAUAGACACAAUUGUAUUUCUCAUAAUAAAUUUAAAUUUCAUCCAUAAAUUUUAAUAUGUAUAAA